GUUACAGCGCGGAUUUUAGCCUCGCAGCGAGCGCACGGGCGGCGUUUACCUACCGGAAUCGCCUCGUUGUCGUCGUCGUCGUCGUUCUCGGCGACGGCGUCGGCCGCGUACCCGUUACGCGGAGAAACGAAUGUGGCGCGGGUUAGGUACGCGCUAUAGACCGCGAUGCGAGAGCUCGUGGUCGCUCGGCAGCGAGAGGGAAGACGCGCCCGUCUCUGGCUCGUCUCGUAUGGUGCGCAUCAAUGGCGGCCGCCGACCCUUAUUUACCGAAGUUCCCAAAAUGGCCGCCCUUCGGAUUUUCGCACGCAGCAGCCUUGCGGCGAUUCUGAAUCCCGCACGACCGCUGAAUAGCGUCACGACGUCGCGCGUCGCAUCCGUAGCUCAGAUACAACAGAGAUGGAGCAGCUUCAAAUCAUCUCCCAUAUAUGAAGGAUCUGAGAAUUAUACAGAUUAUGAAAUAACAAAUGAUCCAAAAGAAUGGGAGUAUGUAGAACGUUUGCUUAGAUAUAAAACAAUACCAAAGCCACCAACUGGAGAUGUUCAACUCUCAUCCGGCUAUAAACCGGCACGUGCUGUGUCCACGGAUUACUCCUAUUUUAUAGAACGUACAAAAAAUUACAUGCAGCCUGUGUAUCUGCGGAUAACUCAUAGAGGAACGAAAAGAUAUACCAAGAUAGGUAAAAUUCAAGGAGACAUAUGGGCAUUGGAACGUGAUCUAAAGAAAUACCUAGAAGAACGCACAGGGGUCAAAACUGCUAGUCAAAUACAUGAGUUUGCGGGUAUACUUAAAAUUAAGGGCGAUUAUGUUAAUCGAGUUAAAGAGUGGAUGGAUACAAAAGGGUUUUAAGAACCGCUAGGAACAAUUGAAUAAUAAAUUGUUAUUAUGUACUUUGUAAAUAUAUGAUAAAAAAGAAAUCUUUGUUACAAAA